CACUCUGCACUAUAUAUCACCAGAACGCCCACGAACAGCCUCCAAAUCAACACCCUGUCCAAUUUAGUCACCGGUUUCGACCCCAUUACCCUCGCUUUAUCAACCGCUCGCCAGAUCUACCGCCCGCAUAUACACAGCCCCUCGUCUAUCCCACCUUCCCGUCCAUCUCGCAUAGCACACAACAAGAGAACACUGCCUACGACUGAUCCUGUACCCUGACGUGCAACGACGACCACGCCGUACGGUCCACUUCCCACUCUCGCUAAACUACUUCAUCUACCCUCUUGAAAAAUGGCUGGUCCCGGUGGAGGCCCUUCAAGGCGCAGCCAUACCAAGUCCCGAAAGGGCUGCAAGACGUGCAAGAGGCGGCAUAUUCGCUGUGAUGAAACAUUCCCGCAAUGCCGCAACUGCACCAAGCACCAGGUUCGCUGCGACUACAUGGACAGUCCAACUGCCAUGAUGCCAGAGUCUCCCCAGUCUCCUCAGCAGCCCAACCUGCUCUGGACGCCCGAGAUCGAGGCCACCAUCGAACUCUGGAGACAGACGGGAGAGUUCCCUUUCCCCGAUCUCCGAGUAUACCCACAGCCGCAGUGGCGCGCCUUGACGACGGUUGACCUCCGUCUGGUGCACCAUCUUGCCUCUAUUUCGAAUGAGAUGUUCAGAAACAGGACCUCGAAAUCGACUCUCUGGACCGACAUGAUGCCCAAAUUCUUGAGCAUAGCCGCAACCCAUCCAUUCGUUAUGCACAGCAUCCUCGCCUUUUCUGCCUCGCACUUGGCCUGGAUCUCUCAAUCAACCGAAACCCGAAACCUCGCAUUCCAUCAUGCAAGUCUUGCUCUCAAGGGCUUGCACGACGGCAUCACCAACUUUACUAAGCACAACUCGGACGCAGUGCUUGCGGCGUCUCUCCUGCUUGCAUGGCAGGCGACAGACUGGCGAGGCUGGGCUUCUCUAGUCACAGGCACCAAAACCGUCAUCCAAUCCAUGCAGCCCUGGAGGCAUGAGUCUCUGUUCGCCGACUACAUUGCAGAGCACACACCUAUGCCAAACCGACACUUUAUGAACCCGAUCAGUACCCCGAUUUCGCCAGAAGCACGAAGAGAGCACAUGAACGCCUUGGUCGAUAUCCACGCCUCCCUGCAACGACUACAGCCCUACCUUACUCGCAAUGAACAGGAAUCGAAAUGGGUGGACCAACUAAAGGGCUACCUCGACCGCCUGAGAUCGUCUAAUCAACCGCAGAGCCCAGAAGAACAGUUCAAUCAACUAUACGCAUUACGGAAGUGGCUGUUCUGGGUCCCCAUCUCACUUCUAGCUGCGAAGCGUGGAGAUGUCAAUGUCCUAGUUGUUCUGGCUCACUUCUACGCUACCGCGCUAGCCUUGGAGCCAAUGUUCCCGGAUGUUGCUUCUGUCUUUGUUGCAGACCUCUCUCUUCGCCCAUUGGAGGAAAUAAACCAGUUGGUCCAGAGUUUCCAAGACCCACGAUACGAUGCGCGCAUGCAGACGAUGUCCUAUCUAGUGCAAUUUCCUAUCGACAUGGUUUCGUCUUACAAGACUCGGCGAGAAUGGUCUAGACAACAGAUGACAUCUAUUUCGCCGAUGCAGCAGCAGUCCGCCUACGCACUGGAGAGCAUCAAUCUGGACCUGGAAAACCACAUCGCACAAUACAGCUACGGCCAGAGCUUGUCUCCCGCCUUUGCUCCAUCACCGCUUACGUUCCUUCCCCAUGGCAUGGCUUCUGCACCGACAUCACCGUACCUCGAAGUCCCGCGAUCUGGUACCGUCGACACAUAUGGCACCGCUAGCAGCUACGCAUCGUCGAGCAGCUAUGCAUCUCCGCUGGGGUCGCCUGCAGCGCUGCUGCCGCCAUACUCGGCCCCACAGGAACAUGCAUUCGCGUUUGGAAUGCAAUCUGGUUAUCCCAGCGGGUUCGUGGCUACACCUAUCUGGACGUGAACGACGCGCUGAACGAUCCCCCAGGAACCAAAUGACUACUCCCAUGCAGAUUGUGGCUUCUCAAUCGCAUCACCACACUCCCGCGCUGGAUGAUGGAGAUGACAAAGGCCAGGCGUCCACUGCGGGGUACCUUCCCAGCCAGUACGACCACGCUUG